AUGCUCCGCCGCCCUGCAACAACCCUCGCCAUCACGGCAGAGGACAUUGCAGCCUACGAAGACCGCCGCGCGCGGGAAGUCAUGCUCCGAGAACGCCAGGUCCUGAUCCAGGCCCAACAGCAGCAGCAGCAACAGCAACAACAGCGUAUCUUGCAGCAACAGGUAGCGCAGCAGCAGUUGUCUUCCCCCCAACAACGUCACGCGCAGGCACAGCUGCUGCAGAUGCAGCAGGCGGCGCGGCACCAACAGCAGCAGGACGAGGACAUGACAGCGGAAGACCUGGAGGACUAUGAGGAUCAGCAGCAGGAGAUUCUGCGAAGGCAGCAGGAGAUGUUGAGAGCGCAGAGGGCGCAGCAGCACGGGCGGGCCGGCCUGCAGACGACGCCGACGCCAGGGGAUGGCGGCAGAGGCGGACGGAGUCGGGAGGAGAGGAUCGGAGUUGGUCGACGAGGUCGGUGA